GCCGGAGCGUGAGCUUGUCUGUGUGUGCGGCUGAACUCACAAAGAGUGUGUGUUUGUCGCUCAAACUGUUGUUUACUGAAAACGUAGUUCUGUUCCUGUUCCACUUUUAAUGGUCGUGCAGACGCUAAGGAUGAAGAUCCAGGACUCAUCCGUGGCCUGUGACCCAGCGGGGAGGAUUGGGAGCGGAGAGGUUCACGUCUCCGAGCCGGACUGCGAGGACGUUCCCCGCCUGGACAUGAAGGCUCUGACCGAGGACGGUGGCAGCUGGGGAGAGCCGAUCCUAGCAUGCCCGCUGCAGAGGGAGAGCACGGAUCAAGAGGAAGCUCAACUGUCCCCUCACGCCGUGGGUCGUCCGAUCCGCCAGCUGCUGGAAGAGGAAAGUGACCCGAUGGUGUCUCCUCGCUUCUACGCCUAUGGGCACUGCCAGCAGUAUGUGGACGACACAGAAGUACCUCCGUCCCCACCCAAUGCGCACUCUUUUAUCACUCGUAAACGGAGUUCCUCUCUGGGCUCCUGUGAUGAUGAGCGAGAGGAGCUGACCUCUGCUCAGCUCACAAAGAGGAUUCAUGUGCUGAAGAAAAAGAUCCAUCGGUUUGAGGAGAAGUUUGAAGAAGAUCGAAAGUACAGGCCCUCCCACAGUGAUAAAGUGGCAAAUCCUGAAGUGCUGAGAUGGGUGAAUGAAUUGGCCCAGCUUCGUAAAGAGCUUAAAGAACGCAAGCUAAUAAAGUCUGAGGAAGACCUGCCUCCUCAGACUCGCCAGCGCAGCAACACACUCCCCAAGAGCUUCGGCUCUCAGCUAGACAAGAAGCCUCAGCAGGAAAAGGCGCCAAAGCCUCCGGUGGAAAACACCCUGGAGUUCAUCUUAAAGAAGCUGCAGGAGAAGAGAGAGGAGAUGAACCGCCCCGAGGACAUCAAGGAUAUGACACGGGAGCAAAUUGGAGCUGAGAAAGUUGCCCUGCAAAAAGCUCUCCUGCACUAUGAGAGCAUCCACGGUCGACCUGUGACCAAAAAUGAGAGGCAAUUCAUGAAACCAAUGUAUGACCGAUACCGCUUGGUGAAACAGAUCCUCUGCAGAGCCACCACCAUCCCCAUCAUAGGCUCCCCCUCCAGCAAGCGCAGAGGUCCUCUCCUUCAGCCCAUUAUUGAGGGUGAAACUGCACUUUUCUUCGAUGAUAUCAAGGAGGAGGAAGAUGGCUCGGAGGACGACAGUGACACCAAGGCUCAGUUAAAUGUGACCAUAAGGCCUGAGCUUGGCGUGUUCAUCUUCAUGGACCCCAUGGAUGAGGAAGUGGACGGUUUCAUUUCACCUGUAGAUGAACUUUCGCCCUCCAAAACCUCAGGAGACAUGGACCUGUCCAACUUGCAUUCAGCUUCCACGCAGGAACUCGUUGAGCAGCUUCAGGAGACGAGAGAGGAGAAGAAGAGGAUCCGCAAGAACCUGAAGGAGUUCGAGGACCAGUUCUUCAGACAAAACGGGAGGACUGUCCAGAAGGAGGACCGCUCCCCGUUGGCAGACGAGUACCACGAAUACAAACACAUCAAGGCCAAGCUGCGGCUGCUGGAGGUGCUCAUCAGCAAAAGAGACUCCAGUAAAUUCAUCUGAGACUACAUUUUUACAAAGCGCUGACGGGACAAUAAAGGCGAACACAUCUGUUGGAAGAAACCGAGAUCGACAUGCUGCUCUGGGAUCAGCUGACCUUGAAGUUUUGUGUAACCUGUUCAUCUACUCUGUCAAACACGCUGGGGGCGGAGUCAUCCAGCCCACCUGUGACUGAUUCACACCUGCGUCACCUGAGAACUGCCGGACCUCACCUUCAAAUCUGGACGUUCGUCCAGACGAAGUCACAGACGCACAAAUGAUGUAAAUCACCUCGUUAUGAUGCUAAUAAUUUAUUUUACCAAUUUAAAGUUUUUCAAGUAAGAAAGCCGUUCUCUUCUGUUUAACUGUAGAGAAGUACUGGAGUAAAAUGGCUGUAGGUGUCAAAUUAUUUUUUGAAAGAAUUUGUGAAUAAAAGGUGUAUUUAUGUGUAUUUUC